UUUAUAAAUGUAAAAUUUCUUGCAGGCAACUUGAGCUGGUUGAGAGAGUGUUUGGACAACCGAGUAGGUGUCAAUGGCUUAGACAAAGCUGGAAGCACUGCCUUAUACUGGGCUUGUCACGGGGGCCACAAAGACAUAGUGGAAAUGCUGUUUACUCAACCAAAUAUUGAACUGAACCAACAGAAUAAAUUGGGAGACACAGCUUUGCAUGCCGCUGCCUGGAAGGGUUAUGCAGAUAUUGUCCAGUUGCUUCUGGAAAAAGGUGCUAGAACAGACUUGAGGAACAUUGAGAAGAAGCUGGCCUUGGACAUGGCUACGAAUGCAGCCUGUGCAUCUCUCCUGAAAAAGAAGCAGGGAACAGAUGCAGUUCGAACAUUAAGCAAUGCCGAGGACUAUCUUGAUGAUGAAGACUCAGAUUAAUUCCCUUCUGGAGCUUUGAGAUCUAAAACUUCUGUUGCUUUUGCCAUUCCAAAACUUUAUCUUUGCCAGAAGAGUAUUGGUAACUGUAAAAAAAAGAGAAAGAAACGUAUAUAUGAACAUGGCAGUGUUGCACUGUGUUUAAGUGAAACGUGUAAAUGAAAAGUUCUCACCUCCGGUUUGCCAAUAAGUGACUGGAUACUUUGCUGUAUAAAAUACAUUUAUGUUCACCAGAGUAGAACAAGAAGAGAUUAUUUCUAUUUAUCAAGCUAAAGGAAUUUUAAGAAUUUUUUUCUUUAAAAUAAAAUCAGGAUGAUGUUUUUUAGUUCAAGUUCUUUACCUCAAAGAUUGAGAUAUUUUGAAUGGAUUUUUCAAGGGGGGAAAUGCUUAUUAUAAUAAUAAACCAAAAUACUUAAAAGAAAAUUGUCAGCUAUCCUGACAGAAAUAAACAUUUUAAGAG